UUUUGCUUCGCUUUGACUCCAUGGCUGUUGCCCUUCUUCGCUCGCGCAUCCAUGGCCGCAUCCUCCGCCCGUACUCCACCCAACCCUCCCUCCUAUGGAGCCCGGCGGCCGACGAUCCUCACUCGCCGGCGUCCACGCUCCAGAUCUUCUCAUGGGGCCAUGGCGGCUCUGGCCAGCUCGGUGGUGGGAAGGAGGAGCUCCGCCAUUACCCGACCUCUCUCGCGGCCCUUCGUCUCCCCCCUGACUUCCGUCUAUCUCCUGUCCCCGGCCGCGUUCCUUUUCCUCCUCCGCCGACCGGCUCUAUGGAGGUCGGCAUCUCCUGCGGUCUCUUCCACUCGGCCCUUCUCGUUAAUGGGAUGCUCUGGAUUUGGGGGAAGGGCGAUGGUGGUCGGCUCGGGUUUGGUGAUGAGGUCUCCGGUUUUGUUCCGAAGUUGAACCCUAAUCUCUCUGACGUGAAAAGCGUUGCGCUUGGCGGGAUUCAUUCCACCGCGCUCACCGCUUCGGGCGAUGUCUUCACAUGGGGUUAUGGUGGUUUUGGAGCACUGGGACACUCUGUUUAUCACAGAGAAUUGCUGCCUAGGCUGGUACAUGGUUCUUGGAGUGGAAAAAUUUCUCAUCUUGCUACUAGUGGAGCACAUACUGCAGCUAUCACCGAGUCAGGUGAACUUUAUACCUGGGGACGAGAUGAAGGGGAAGGUCGGUUAGGUCUCGGCAGUGGAGGUGGUCCUGGUGAAGGAGGGUCUUUUAGUAUUCCUUCCAAAGUAAAUGCAUUACCUGUGCCUGUUGCAGCUGCUAAAUGUGGUGGAUUUUUCACAAUGGCGCUGACUUCAGAUGGCCAAGUUUGGAAUUGGGGAGCAAAUUCAAAUUAUGAACUAGGGAGGGGUGAUAACAAAAGUGAUUGGAGGCCACAACUUAUUCGUAGCCUUCAAGAUGCUCGUAUUAUUCAAGUGGCCUGUGGUGGUUACCAUUCUUUGGCAUUAACUGAUAAAGGUGAGGUUUUUUCUUGGGGCCAUGGAGGUCAAGGUCAAUUGGGACAUGGUUCUCGUCAGAAUGAGAAAGUCCCAUUAGUUAUUGAGGCAUUGGCUCACAAGCGCAUAACAUAUAUUGCCUGUGGUGGUUCAUCUUCAGCUGCUGUUGCAGAUGACGGGAAGUUGUUCAUGUGGGGAAACUCAAGAGAUUGCCAAUUAGGUGUUCCCGGGCUUCCUGACUCACAGCUCCUGCCUGUUGAAGUGCAGUUCCUUACAGAGGACGAAGAAUUAGGUCCUCAUAAUGUAAUAUCAGUUGCACUCGGUGCAUCACACACAAUGUGCCUGGUUUCGAGACAAUGACAAGAACAGUGAAGAAAUCUAAGCUGAAAUUUGUGGAUGCAAUGCUCAUAAUUAACAAAGAGUCCACUUCCCUGCUGGUUAAAUGCAGAGGUACAUUUUCAGGAGAGCAUUGUUACAUAUAAUGCCAUAAAGCUGGUCUUUGAGCUCUUGGAUUAUGCCUUAUUUAUAAGUGCUAGUCAUUCUCUCUUUUGAUAGAUAAGAGCUUUCGGUUUUUCGGGACUGUUGCAUAAGGCUUCAUUUUUGACAGAUAAUGAGGAAUCACAUGCUUAUGUUUCAAAGAGAAGCUGGUUUUUUUUUCUUUCCAGUUCACCAGCACUGGAACUUUUACUGUACUUGAGAAUUUCAGAUCAUGUUCAUUGUGUCAUAUUGACUGAGCUGAGUUGGAAGAACAUAGGAGAAGAAAGUUACAUUGA